UCCACGCUCAAGCACCACUCGCCAGAGGAACGACGCCGCGUCCUCGACGCUUUCAAUGCCGGUGAGGACUGGCGUGCCGUCGCCCGCCACAACGGCUUCCCACGCACCACAGCGGAGUAUCUCGUGGCCCAUGGGCGCGUCGAAAAUCUACCUCGAGGAGGGGCUACGAGAGCUGGCAAGAUAAAUAGGGGAGGCGCUUGAGCUCUGGUUGGAGGAGUGCUGCACGUUUACACUCGGCACGCUGAGGUCCAUGAUCCGCGACGACUUCCACGUGGACAUCUCCGAGUCGACCAUGUCGCGCUACCUGGUCGGCAAGCUGUACACGGUCAAAGAGACUCGUGUCGAGCCUGUGACUUGCAACAGCGAGAUUAACUUGGAGAAGCGUAGGCUCUUCGCGGAGGCACUGAUCAAGCACCAAGAACAAGGUGACUUGAUCGUGUACUUGAUCACGCAGCGCAUGGUGCAGAAGAUGGAGCUGCACGCGGCCAAGUUUGUCAACGCCGCAACUCGCAGCGAGGCCAUGGUGUACGGCAAGUAAGGGCAGGUGCAGAAGCCCAUCGGUGCUUACUUUGAUGAUGUGCAUGUGUAGCUUUUGGUCAGUGCCAACUUCGGUUGAGGAUUAGACGACUUCGCUUGCACUAAGGAGAGUGGUACCCCUUAAUUCGGGUACCUCGCUCCCACCCAAAAUAAAAGCUGACGACUUUG